AUGCGUCAAAUGUCUAAUACCAGAACUGUGUCCCAGGAAGUUGUUAACGGUGAUAUCAAGUUGAGCACCAAGAUAUGGGCACCAGAGGACUAUAUUCCACAGGAUGUUAAGAACAUGCUAGCGGAAGACACUCCUAACUAUAUGUUGUCCUUCAUGAAAGUGCUGGAGCAAUUGAAAGUCCAGAGAAGAACAGGAUGGCUCGAUCACGGUAUGACCAAGUGUGAAAGCAUUGCUGACCAUAUGUACCGUAUGGGGAUUAUCUCCAUGUUGAUUAAGAACAAAGAGGUUAGCAAGGACCAAUGUGUUAAGAUUGCAUUAAUUCAUGACAUGGCUGAAUCUCUAGUAGGCGAUAUUACUCCUGUUGAUCCAAUUGGUAAAGAAGAGAAACAUCGUAGAGAAAUGGAGACCAUAAAUUAUAUCUCUGAGACAUUGAUCAAGCCAUUUAAUGAAGAAGCAGCAGAGGAAAUUAAGAGCCUGUGGUACUCAUACGAGAACAUUACUUCUCUAGAGGCUCGCUAUGUGAAGGAUAUCGAUAAAUAUGAGCUACUAGUGCAAUGUUUUGAAUACGAAAAGCAGCACAAGGCUAAGUUAAACUUCCAAUCCUUUUUCCAAGCAGCAGAGUGGGUCAAGACAGAUGAAGUUAAGGAAUGGGUUAACGAUUUAAUUGCAAGAAGAAAUAGGUUCUUUGCUUCCCUUGAAAAAUCUUGA